UCGUCAAGAUAUUUUAGCGAAAUGCCUUCGCCCUUUUCUAAACAGCCGAACUCUCCCUCCAUCGCCCUCCUUUCUAAGCAGCCGAACUCUCUCUCUCUCUCUCUCUCUCUCUCUCUCUCCAAAUGGAGAUUAAUUGUUUAAUGAAUUCUUUCUAUCCCAAGAGCAACAGCUUCCGAAGGAGAAUAGGAAACAGAAAUUCAUUUUGGGCAUGGAAUCAUCAAGAAGCCACAGUAAUCAACUGCCUCAACAAAGCAUCAGCAAAGAUAGACUGCGGGCAUUGUGGUAUGAAAUUGGAGCGCCCACUCGAGAUGUCGUCUGUUACGCCCCACCAAAAUUCAUUCAUAGCAAAGGCCAGCGAGAGCACGGAGCAAUUGAUAGAUGAUCCAGUUAAGGAGAAGAAGGGUACGGUGGUUGGUGCUGUCGCUCUGAUAAUCGGGACCACUAUCGGCUCUGGAAUUCUUGCUCUUCCCAAGAAAACUUCUCCUGCAGGCUUCAUACCAAGUGCAACGUGUAUGAUCGUUUGCUGGGGUUUUCACCUGAUUGAAGCUCUCUUGUUAGCUGAAAUAAACGUGGGUCUGAGGAAUAAUAAGAAGAGACAAGGAGAAGAUGGUCCGGUGGAAAUAAUAUCUAUAAGGACCAUGGCCCAAGAGACACUGGGCCAAUGGGCUGGGACCUUGGCUACUAUUACCUACAUUUUCUUAGCAUACACUUCUUUGGUAGCCUACACAUCCAAGUCUGGAGAAAUCCUCUCCCAUUUGAUCAAUCUCCCGAUCUCCGUCUCUGGUGUCUUCUUCACCCUUUUUUUCACACUUCUCAUCUCUGUUGGUGGGACCCACCUCACCGACCGGAUCAACCAAUGGUUAACGGCCUUUAUGAUAGGGCUACUAGUGGUGAUUGAGGUGAUAGCUGCACUCUCUGGGGGGUGGUCAGGUUUGUCAUCAACAGCUGAUUGGGCUAGAGUUCCAGCCACGGUCCCAGUGAUCAUCUUUUCUCUUGUAUAUCACGAUCUAGCACCCGUUAUUUGCACAUACUUGGGUGGCGAUCUCACCCGUAUAAGGGUUUCGGUAGUCCUCGGCAGCCUCGUGCCAUUGGUGGCUUUGCUUGUCUGGGAUGCAGUUGCACUUGGGCUCUCGCAGAGUGCGGAUGGGAUCGAUCCUGUUGACUUGCUCAUGCGGGUGGAGUGGCACGGGGUGUCAGCCAUGGUUGAAGGAUUCUCACUUUUGGCAGUCGGAACGUCGUUGAUCGGAACAAUGCUUGGCUUCUCUCAGUUCUUCGAGGAGCACCUCACCAACCUCUCACUUCCUUCUCCCUCAACCGAAUCACUACAAGAGAAGUUGGAUGGAACUGAGAGUGGAUAUUUUGGCCUAAGAAAUUGGUGGGGAAGUAACAAGGUUAACUUCAUGGCGACUGUAAUGGUAGUUGCUCCGCCUAUACUCAUCUCGACCACUGUACCAGAUGCCUUCUCCACUGCGACCGACUUUGCUGGAGGCUAUUGCAUGACAAUGCUAUUUGGAGUCCUCCCACCAGCAAUGGCAUGGGCAAUGCAUUCCAAAUCAUGCCACGGCAGCAACAGCAAUGGCGGCGAAGAUGGUCGAAAGGUAUUGUCUGCAGCGAAGCCUGUGCUUCUUGCAGUUGGACUAUUCGCUUGCGGGAUAGUGAUGGAGCAAAUACUACAAGAUCUCUCGGUGUUACAUUCCUAACUAUCUCUUAAUAACAACAUAGGCAUUAUAUCAUAGCUUAAAAAAGACAAACCCUUUCCAUGGGAUGGGAAAUUUCUUUAGUUUACUAAAAUCUAUUGGUCUUUGCAGCAUUGUUUUGUAUAUGGAUCAGUACCAUCUGCUAUUCCCUAGUAAUAAAAUCUAGAAAUUUGACAAGGCGGCUGGAUUUCCUAGUAGGAGUCUUGGGUUUGAAUUUCCCA